CGGGAGGUUAGGGACUUCAGUAUCCCAAAGAGACGCUUUUGGAAGAGAAUCUGGUGUCUCUGUGCUGUGGUAAUGGGAAGAGCUUUGGUCAUUAAUCCAGAUCAGUCGUGCAAGGCACCACAGAACAACCGACUAAGGAUCUGAACAACUUGUGCAUUGGCUUGUUGACCAAGUGAGAUACAGUGCAAAGAAUGGAUUUCAGGAAUGAUUCUUUGGACCUUGAUGAGCCCGAUUUCCUGGAGUACUCGGACUGGUACAUUGACGAUCGUUUGGAUCCCACCAUCCCUCCUGCUGAUGUAACGUCCUGUGAUCCCACUAUCCCUGUUGAGUUGUAUCAUAUGUGUGCCGCAGGGGUGUCUCUUGUUGUGCUGGUGUUCCUGUCUUUCUUUGUCAAGCGAAGUCGACUGUGCAGGACCUGCUGCAGUGGAGCGCCUGGUCUAUUGCACCCUGUUGGGUUCCUUGAGCAUGACUGCCACAGAGGGAUUGCCGCUGCCGUGUUCGGAGUGCUCUUCUGUUCCUUGUGUGUGGUCGUCAUUGAUGACAACCCUUUCCCCUUCAUAGAGUCCUCAAAAGGCACCAAAGAAUACUGGAAGAUUACUGCCCUGCUUUAUUAUCCAGCUCUGUACUAUCCCCUACUUGCUUGUGCAACGGUCAAGACCAAAUUGGGUUACUUUCUUGGCAGCCUCCUGUCCUGGCUACACUUUAGCAUUCUCCUCUGUCAGAAAGUUCAAUGCCCUUUGUCAUCCAAGUUGCACGAAUACUACUCCCUGCUGAGAAGUCUGCCCCAGCUGUUAUGCCUGGCGUUUCUAAGUCUCGUUUAUCCUUUGUUGCUGCUGAGAAAUGGCAGGACAUCACAAUCUCUGCCCUUGCAUCAGUGUCCGGUUGAUAAAUAUUACACUGAGUACUUAAAGAUUUUACUGAGGAAGAAACCACACAAAAACAGUAUCAGUACAGAUCAGCCAAGCCUCUGGUCCAGGAUGGAGACCUUGAUACGAUUGUAUGUCUAUUUACCAACAGAAGGGUUCCGAAGUCCAACCAAACUGGUUGUGUCAAUGACUGUGGCUGUCAUUUCUGUCUAUCAGUUUGCCCUUCUCCUCGUGUUGUACCUUGUCCCUGUCCUACAGAGGAUGCGGGCUGGAGUCCAGGAACAUGUAUCCUACACACUUGAAGGCUUUGGCGUCAAUCUCUCAGAAGAUAGGAGUGAAGUUCUGAGUAUCGUUAAAUAUUAUAUUUGGGUUGUGGAAGUGUGCUACGUAUCAGCGGUGGCUGUAUCCUGUUUCAUCACCCUCUCGACAUUAAUGAGGUCAAUGGUUUUACACAGGGACAAUCUGCAGGCUCUUUUCAGAGGCGACACACGAAAAGUCUUCAAUCAUGACAGGCCGGUCAGACUCUCCCGCUCUGCUGUUGUCUGUUGGAUGAGCUUCACCAGUUACCAGGCCGCAUUCAUCUGUUUAGGCCUCCUCAUUCAGCAAGUGGUCUUCUUCAUCUGCUUCCUACUGUUUGCCUUUCUUAUUGUCGUUCCCAUUGUCUACAGACAAAACCUGAUCAUCCUCAGGAUCCUGGAGAACAUGUGGCCCUUCUGGUUAACUUUGAUUCUAGUCGUGUUGAUUCAACACAUACUGACUCGACUCCUAUUUCUUCAGAAGGAUGGGAAACAGUUCAGCCUCACUAACAGACGAAGCCUGUACAUCUUCACUUACCUGCUUUUCACUUUCAAUGUUCUGAUUGGGGUCAUUGCCGGUGUGUGGAGAGUCGUCUUUACAGCUCUAUACAACAUUGUCCAUUUUUGCCGAUUGGAUCUGGGCCUUAUAAAUCGUGGGGCAGAGAUUUUUGACCCAGGUUAUCACUGCUACUCCAAGUUCCUGGAGGUGGAGGCCAGUCAGUCUCAUCGAGUGAUGAGAGCUUUCUGCUUCCUCCUACUCCAGUGCCAAGGUUCUGGGAGAGGUCGCAUUGAGAAAAGGAGAUCAGUGGAAGAAGGGAUUCAGUUGGUGCCUGAUCAGAAGCAGACAAAAUUGACAAAAUCGAAACGAGUUCUGGCAAGAUGGUGCCUGAUCUACACACUUCUGAACAAUCCUUCAUUGGUUCGCUGCAGGAGGCCCAUGGUUUGCUCACUCAAUGACGUCAUUACCAACGGGGAAAUGAAGAGUUCCUCCAAACCCAGCACAGAGGAUCUUGUUAAAUCUGAACUUUGCGAAAAAACACAAGGUCCUGUAUAAAUCAGAAUGUUGAUGCAACUAAUCACAAGCAGGAGAUCAGUCAUGUUUCUACACAGCUAAAUAAAAAUGUGCAUAGUUGCACACAUCAUGCCUACGCACAUUAUAUCCUGUUGCAAAAAUUGGUCAAAUUUACCCAUGGGGUUUUGCUAUGUCAACAAUCACAACAUAAUUACACACUCUGGCCACUAGGUAGCUCUGUAGAGCAAGAUCGAUACACACUGAACUCUACAUAGCCUUCUAUUUAAAGAACCGUUUUUAAUUCAUCAGCUAACUUACAUCAACACUAGGAUUAUUUUUAGUAGUGAUAUAUUAUUAGAAUUGUUUGUUUGUCUUUUUGUAGCUAUUGGAUUUUGUUACUAAUUGUGACCUGAGCUGGUUUAAAUUUUUACGAACAGCCAUUAUGAGAAUGAGUUGCAAUGAAAGACUUACACUAUGUACCUGUAUUGGUUGACAGCUUUCCGUCCAAUAAGAUACAUCUCAUGAUGCCAAGUGAUAUCAAUCCUGACAUGUCAUAAAUAUUUUUUUAAAUGAAAACUUUGGUGCUACAGGUAAAAGAUAGUCAGUUGGUACUAUAGAACGUGACUAUUUCUCAGAAAAUAUACAUUUUGUCAAGGUUUUUCACUUGACAGUUAUGAGGAUAACUUACAAGAAUACUAAUUCUAGAUGGAGGCAAACCACCAUUCCUUUUUUUUUUUUUGUUGUGUGUGUGCAGGUGCAGUGAAAAAUAUAAGGUGAAUCUCCUGUUCAUCUUUUUUUUGGUGUGUGUGCAAGUGUGAGACGCAGUGAGAGACACAAAGUGCACAAAUCUUUAUUUCAUUUCCACCACCAGGAAGAAAGGAAACACCUAAGUGGUCUGUGACAAGCAAUGCCCUUCACAUCAAAAGGCAAUGCUGUGUGAUCAACAUUCUUGUUUGUUUUUUUUUAUAUAUAUUUUUUUUUUAAUUAACCCCCACACUACCGCCUAACUGCGGUAGUGCUUAUUUCUUUCCCAGCACCCAUGGUGUGUGUGUGUGUGUGCAGCUGUGAGACACAGUGAGAGACAUAAAGUGCACAAAUCUUUAUUUAAUUUCAAACCACCAUUCCUACUGCUUGAGAGAAGAGAGCUGAUUGGUUGGUAAACAAAUGAGCUCUGAUUUUUGUCAAGGUGUUGCCAUGGAGAAUGCACCAGUGAUGCUGAUUGAUAGUUGACUGCCAGGCUUUGUUUGAAUUUUAAACUAGGUGUGUUUGGUCAGGGCCAAACUAGAGGUGUUUGGUCAGGGCCUUACUCUGAGAAAUGAACUAACACACUGCUAUCAUCAUUUUUUUUUAAAAGAGUUAUGGUUUUGACAAAAUGUAUCUUUUCUUUCAGCAACACACCAUUGUAAAAAUCUAGGAGAGAAGAAAAUGUUAAAAUAAUAUGCUAAAUUUUAAAAUAAUUUUUAAAUGUUGUACCUUUCCUUUAAAUUUUAUACCCUGUUCUCAUUAGCUUAAAAACUGUUAAAAUAACAUUUGUUUUUAGAUGCCAAUCUUUGGUACUGUAUUUACAUGACAUUUUCCUAAAGUUUGUUCAUUUUUUUUUACAAUCUCUCUCCUGUAUGAUUUUUGUCAUUCACCUCAUUAUUAGGUUUGAAAGUAUUGUUGCUUGUGGUCAUUCUUACUGCAGUGAAAGUCCAGCUCAUUCACAGAGUAUUUUGCUGGGAAAUAUUUGGCUUCUGUGCUGAGGGAAUUGGGAGUGAAGUUGGGAGAUCUUGUUGCUCAUCACUAUGAGGAUGUAGGUCUACGGCUGCUGCCAAACAUACACCAAAAGCCACCUCAAAGUAAAUUAGGGGAUGAUCGUAGCUCCUUGCUGGAUUGAGACUGAUAUGUCAUGGUGCCAUUUGCCAUGGAGAUUUGGUAGAUAGUCAACAUUUACCUGAGAGGUUGUGAUGACACUCUGUGAACGAUUUUCAACCUCCACUGUUUCAGUUCAGGAUGUUUGGAGAUCUGAGCUUUGUAGACGUAGAUGAUACAUUUGGAUCCUUUUGUAAGCUUGUCAAACCCUGCACACGCAAGUGAAAAUUUGGCCAACAACCAACUAACUUAUCGAUGAGUUGCAAAGACUUCUAGCAAUUUUGAGAAAAGAGACAUGCUGUAGAUGAUUUUCACCUUGUACUUACUAGAACAGGACACACACUGAAGAGCAUGGGAGGGCAUUCCAGGAGCAGCAGCAGGCAUACCCAUAACUGAGUUGUUAAUCUGGUGAACACAACUUUGUCUAUCGCAAGUAGUCCUAAGUGGUUCCACAAACAAUGGAUUCGAUCUGAGCUCUGCAGUCCUACCACAUCCAGCAAUGAAUGGUUAUGGACAAUUAAACAACUCACUAGAGGAGAGGGCCUCCAAUCUCAAUAAUGGGGAGUUGAUGGUCCUGUGGUCCUUAUAUCUGGACUGUUAAUCCAGAGACCCUGGUGAUGUUCAGAGGACCCAGGCUCAAAUCUUACAUGACAAAUGGUGGAAUUUUAAUUUGUACCUAGAAUUCGGAGUCUAGUGAUAACUAUGAAACAAUUAUCGAUUGUCAGUAAAAUCCAUUUGGCUUAUUAAUGUCCUUUUAGGGAAGGAAACUGCUAUCCUUACCUGGUCUGGCCUAUAUGUGACAGCAGCCUGUCAGCAAUGUGGUUGAUACUUGUUUGUCCUCGGGCAAUUAGGUAUAGAUAGUAAAUGUUCACCCAGCCAGCCAUGCCCACAUCCCAUGAAAGAAUUUAAAAAUCAGUUCAUAAGUUUAAGGUUGAUGAAUUUGUUAGUAUCUUCAGCCAGCAAUGCUGUGUUAAUGAUCUUCCUUGGCCUCCUCUUAGUCCCCAAUGUCAUGGAUGCUAGUCUUCAGCCAAUUGGAUUCAUGCCAUGAGAUAUCCAGGAAUAGCUGAAGGCAGUGGAUAUUGCAUACGCAUACAGAUGACAUUCCAGCAACAGUUCUAAAGAGUUAUCCUCCCAACCUUGCCAUACCCCCAGCCAAGACAUUCUUGCAUAGCGAUAACACUGGCAUCUACCUGACAAUGUGGAACAUUGCCUUGGUAUUUCCUAUACACGGUCGAGAGUGUGGUGCUGGAAAA